GGUGAUUAACAACAAUAACAUUUUUUUCAAAAUUCUUUGAGACGGUAAUUUACCUUGCUGCGCUGUGUAUGUUUUAUGACUAUGUUGUGCAGCAUGCAGACUGCCUCGAAACCACAACAAAUUUUCGAUAGAUCGUGAAUUUCACGCCAUUUUCGCCUGGCACAUGUUGUUCACAGAUUAAUAUUCUUGUUUUCCUUAUUCAGCGUGUAGAUUAUAGAUAACUUAAAAUUUAAGUUUUUAUACGGUUCAGUUUCUUUUACGGACAAUGCGGAAUAUCAGUAUGCCCGGCUGCGGCUGGCCCGAAAGGGAUUUCCAAUACGUUUACGAAGCUGAUGGCUUUAAAUACACGGAACUCAUUCUGCAUCCCAUCUGGCUGUUCAUUUGUACUGUCGGCAAUAUCCUGAACAUUGUUCUGUUGCGGAAAAUCCAUACUUUCCAGGCAAUAUUUGUGACAGCGGUGGCACAUUUUGACUUAUUAGCAAUGUGGGGCUGGCUGCUUCGUUCGAUUCAGGUGUACGUCGGUUACACCACGCCUGGCGGAAUUCCGUCCAGAUCCCUCAAUUCUAAUUUCAGUACCGAAGCCACACGCGGAUUUCUCGUUGCGAGCGAAUUUUUCGGCAAUAUCGGAUCAUGGUAUUCUGAUUGGACUUUGGUAGCAUUCAGUGUAACGCGUCUACUCUUUACAAUCGAUCCGCUGCGAUGGCGCCUGUCCAUUUCGCGAAAGCAGGUCGUUAUUGCCAUACUGUGUUUCCUACCAUUGGCCUGCACUGUCGCACUGUAUCCAGUGGUGGAAUAUGUCACUCGGGACGAUAAGGUUGCAACGAUUACUUGGGUGGGAAACUGGCGGCAGAUCCAGAUGAUCGGCGCGGCAAUCGAUGCGCUGUCCAGCUUUCUCAUAAUUUUCGUAGCGAACAUGGUGAUUGCGCUGAUCUUGUUUAAGCGCCAAAUGAUGCAUAAACCGGAAGUGGAGUGCCUGGAAGGGAAAUUCCCUGUACGUAUACACGGAAAAGAUACGAUCAUCUCCACAACCAUGACACUACUGACGGCAUCAGUUGUCCUUUAUUUGGUGACGACCAUUCCAUAUUUGACGUGGUACAUAUUGCUGGCGAUGGAAAAACGCUGCAUGGUGCACAUCGGCGAUGACCAGUUCGUCAUUCUGCAGUCGCUGUUCCUACAGUUUACGUAUGCCAAAUAUUCCUUGAAUUUCUUCGUAUAUUGCGGUGUCAGUCGGACAUUUUUUAAACACUUCCUGCGGCUGAUCACGACGUGCCGAUGGAGAUUAAAGGCAAACGAGCGCGCACCAACGCCUUCCGACGCGACAAGAACCACGCGUCUCUCAGAAAGUGCUGCAAUCGGUAAUCUCUGCGGAAAUGGAAGACUCUGCGCGAUAUCUCCUAUGACUACUUGUUCGGAAGAAAGAAAAGGAAGCGUGGAUGGAUUAAUCGAGAACUGUAGUUUACAGGAAUGUUGUAAAAGUUUAACUUUACGAGAUGAACGCUACCCUGACGUGACCUCUUAAAAACCGGCACUUUUACGACUACCCAAUAUUAAAUUUAAGUAACAAAAAGAUCAGUGUAUGUGUCAAACAUUACUUCCGGUCAAUUGAAUUGCUUAUUUAUGUCCGCAUUCGGCAGUCUAUUGUCAGUGAUUUUUUUAAAAUUAUU